CAGCCCCGCCCACCUAAGACGUCACGGCACAAGCACAAACAACUACCGACUUGUCCGUGACGUAAUCGGCUGAUCCCAGAGGAGCGACAUUCGUGACGUUAUUUCCGCCAGGAGUGACCGGCACCUGAGCAGCUACCGAACGCUAGGAUGGUGAUUAACCACAGAACCGAUGCUGGGGUUGUGGGGGAGUCCGAGAGCCCUCGGUUGAUCGAGGAUUGCCUAUCUCCUUUGCCAAGCUCUCCAUCCAAGAAGACUUCUAGUGCUAAGCGCAAGCAGUACUAUAUAAACCGUGCAAUCCGAAACUCUGAUCUGACUCCUAAAGCUAAAGGGCGCAAGAGUCUUCGUCGCCUGGAAAACAAUCGCUAUCUAAUGAGUUUGCUAGAACGGGAUGAGUGUGUUAUGGAUGACGUUGACUCUUACAUGUGUGCAUCUCCCAGCAUAUUUGCAGAAGCCUGCAAUAAUGAGAUAUACAUUGAGAUUUGGAAUGAUUUUAUGAACCGUUCUGGAGAAGAGCAGGAGAAAGUGCUCUUUUACCUGGAGCAGGAAGUGAGGAAACCUAGAGAGAAGAUGAAUAAAUGCAAGGAUGAGAGGACAGAAGAUCCUGCUUAUACCCCUGAGGAGUGUUAUCAGAGGAUCAGCCGGAGUCUACGUUGCACCCUGAAAAGACGCCAGAUACCAAUGGGUACACUGGAGGACUUGGAAGAGGAGAUGCUUUCAUUUUUCUCAGUCAACCCAGAAUCUGUGUACAUUUCUAUGAUGGAAAACAGUUAUCAGCGCCUCCUGCUGCAUGCUGUGUGUCAGUACAUGGAUCUGGCCUCUGCCAGUUCCAAUUUCGACGGCAAACGUCAGAUGCGUGUGGUCAACAGGAACAGAGAGUUCUGCCCUCCAGAAUUGCUGCUUUCCUCCUACCUCCAGUUGAAAUGCUGAUGCCAGCCCUAUACUUGAGGAGCUAGGGUACAUUCACACGACCGUGUGUAAUCCUUUCCGUUUUGCGGACCGCAAAUUAUGGAACAGUGUGUCCGCAUUUUGCGGACGAAUGACUUGUGUUUAUGUUUCGUAUGUCUGCUGUUUUUUACGGUCCGCAAAAAACGGAAGGGGAAAAAAAAAAAAGAAUUAUUAAUUCAUAGUUGUCAAGGAAAUACAGAAACGGAUCCGCAAAAACGGAUGCCAUACGGAAAACAUUCCGUAUGUCAUCCGCAAUUUGCGGAUCCAUUGACUUGAAUGGGGCUGCGGACUGAUCUGUGCGGACAAUAGUAGUACAAGCUUCAUAUUUUUGCAGACUAGAAAUGCGGAAACACAGAUGCGGACAUGUUAUCCGCACAUUUUAUUCACCCAUAGGAAUGAAUGGAUCCACAUCUAUUCUGCAAAAUGCGGAACGGAUGCGAAUCGGAAGCGGCUAAAAUUAUACAGUCGUGUGAAUGUACCCUUAAGGUGCCUUCACACGCUGUGGAUUUUGCAGAAAAUUAGUUCACCUGAAUGAGGCUUGCAGAAAUAAAUGUUCUUGCCGCCCAAUUUAAAUGAAUUUUAUUUUCAUUUAUUUUAUGCACUUAUAUAUAGCUUCUAUAGUGCUGUCCCCAAUGGGGCUCACAAUCUAAAUUCCCUAUCAGUCUGUCUUUGGAGUGUGGGAGGAAACUGGAGUACCUGGAGGAAACCCACGCAAACGCGGGGAGAACAUACAAACUCCAUGCAGGUGUUGUCCGUGGUCGGAUUCGAACCCAGGACCCCAGCACUGCAAGGCACCGUACUGCUGGAACAGAUUUUUAGUUGUGGAAAACUAAACCCGUCUCCCAGCAGCAUUGUUCUUUAUUGCUCCGCACAGGGCGUUAUUACUCCGCUGUGACCUGCUCUUCUCUAAAUGUCAGAAGCAAAUCAGAGAUGUGUUCUAUAGAAUUGUAAUUGUGUAUUUGUAUAGCCGGCUGCACAAGCAGAUAAAAAAUUGACAAAGCCAAACCAUUGUGUGUGGCUGGGCCACGUGGGAUUAUGGAGAUGUCGUGGUCAUUAGUGAAGUGUCUAAUAUUUUUAAAUAUACUUCUGUUCAUGUAAAGUAUUUCCUCCUCUUAACAAUUUACCCAUUUCAAGGGCAUUUGACCCCAUAGUAAAUUUUACCUUAUCACUUAAAUAUGCCAAAAGUUACCGAUUGAUGGGAGUUUGACUUCAGAGGCCGCCUCCGAACUUCUAAAGGAGGAGUCACAGAAGCACAGCACCAGCCUGGCAGGAACUGGUCGUUAGGCUGCUUUAUUACCACGUUAUGGUUGUGUAUACUAUUCGUAUAGUAUUGCAGAAGAAGCAGUCUGUCAUACAGAAUGACAUUGUGAAUUUAUACGGACAGAGGGGGUCAUUUAUCAAACUGGUGGAAAGUAGAACUGGCUUAGUUGCCCAUAGCAACCAGUCAGAUUCCACCUUUCAUUUUGGACAUUUCCUUUGGAAAAUGAAAGGAGGAAUCUGAUUGGUUGCUAUGGUCAACUAAGCCAGUUCUACUUUACACCAGUUUGAUAAAUGACCCCCAGAGUUCUUAAUUCAGUAAUUCUAUCUUUGUUUAAAAAGUUUGUAUAGUCACUUUCUUCCUGUUUAUUCGAGGUUAUGAAUGAUUAUUGAGUCUUAAAGCGAGGCUUGCAUGCAGCUGGCAGGUGCUAACUAACCUACAAUAAAUGGGUUCAGAGAAAAUGGA